ACCUCUCCUGGGAGAGGGCGGUCAGGGAGAGAGGAAGGAACCGGCCGCCGGAGAGGGGAGCGGUGAAAGCCGAAAGCCCUGUCAGAUCCACCCUGGAGAAGCCUCAGGACAAAGCUGGAACUGGGCUUGUCUCUGCUCGGCCUCGUAGGCUGGGCGCCAGAGGCGGCCCGGCCCGCCCUUCGCCCCUCCUCGCGGACGCCCGGGGGUGGGGACGCGCGUCUGGCCCGCCCCGCGCGGCCCUGGGGCGGGGACCACGGGACCUUCCGGUGGCACGGCCGCCGCUGGCUGCUUCUCCUCCUGCCCCUGAGAGGCAGCGCCCGCUGGAGCCGAGGGACGCGGCGGGGCUGCGGACCCAGAGACGGGGCCUCUGGCCCGCCUGCCCGUCCCCUUCCCCAGCUGCUGGCCACACCCCGCCCUGUACCGACUGGCCUCCGGGAGGGUGAGGCCCGCGGGCUGAGGCUCCGCCCUUCCUGCCAGCAGGACCGGUUCGUGGGGUGCGGCCCUGAGGCCCCUCCGCGGAGUCACCUUUUCCAUGGAGGAUGCUAGCAAGGACGCCACCAGAUUCACUGCCCAUUCUCUGCCCAGUGACCCCCGGCUCUUGGCCACCGUGACCAACGCAUACUUGGGCACACGCGUGUAUCAUGAGACACUGCAUGUGAGCGGUGUGUACAAUGGGGCUUUGGGGGAUACCCACCGGGCCAUUCUGCCCAGUCCCCUCAAUGUCCAGCUGGAGGCCCCAGCAGGGACCGGAGAGCAGCUAACCAAGACCUAUGUUCUGGACACUAACACAGGUUCCUUCCUGCACACCCUGGAGGGCCCAAGCUUCCGCGCCUCCCAGCGCAUCUAUGCCCACCGCAUGCUGCCUCAUGUCCUGGCCUUCAGUGUGUCCAUCACCCGCCUGGCCAAGGGGAGCUGGCCGGUCACAGUGCGGCUGCAGUCAGCCUUCUCCCCAGAAAGUCCAGACCUGGACCUGCAUCUGGGUCCUGACUUCCAGGGAGCCCGGUACCUGUGCGGCCACACGCUCACCCCAGAGCAGCCUGGGGGCGCGCAGCAGGAGGUGCACAUGCUGUGGACACCGGUCCCCCCAGCCUUGACCCUCGGAGAAGAGCAGGAGGAUGCGACGUGGGAGUUCCUGACGGUGGUGGGUGGCAGCCAGGCUGAGGCCCAGGCCUGCCUCGCAGAGGCCCUGCAGCUGCAGGCCAGGCACGCUCUCUACACAGCCCACGCCCAGGCCUGGGCCCAGCUCUGGGCGGACUGUGGCCUGGAUGUGGAAGGGCCACUGGCCCUGCGCCAGGCCCUGCGUGGCGCACUCUACUACUUGCUCAGCGCCCUGCCCCAGCCCGGGGCCUCAGGAUACGUCUGCCAUGGCCUCAGCCCCGGGGGCCUCUCCAAUGGGAGCCGUGAGGAGUGCUACUGGGGCCACGUCUUCUGGGACCAGGACCUCUGGGUGCUCCCGGGUCUCCUGCUGCUCCACCCGGAGGCCGCCAAGGCUCUCCUGCAGUACCGCAUCCGGACGCUCAGCGGGGCCCUGGACAACGCCCGGAGUCUGGGCUACCAGGGAGCCAAGUUUGCCUGGGAGAGCGCGGGCUCUGGCCUGGAGGUCUGCCCUGAAGCCAUCUACGGGACCCAGGAGAUCCACGUCAACGGGGCUGUGGUGCUGGCCUUCCAGCUGUACUACCACACCACCCAGGACUUGGAGCUCUUCCGAGAGGCUGGUGGCUGGGACGUGGUCAGGGCUGUGGCUGAGUUUUGGUGCAGCCGUGUAGAGUGGAACCCUGAGGAGGAGAAGUACCACCUGAAGGGAGUCAUGCCCCCCGAUGAGUACCACCCAGGGGUCAACAACUCUGUGUACACCAACGUCUUGGUCCAGAACAGCUUGCGCUUUGCUGCUGCCCUGGCCCAGGACCUGGGGCAUCCUGUCCCCAACCAGUGGCUGGUGGUGGCUGAUAAGAUCAAGGUGCCCUUUGACCCGAAACUGAACUUUCACCCUGAGUUUGAUGGGUACCAGCCUGGAGAGGAAGUGAAGCAGGCAGAUGUUGUGCUCCUGGGGUAUCCUGUCCCCUUCCCCCUGAGUCCCCACGUUCGCAGGCAAAACCUGGAGAUUUAUGAGGCUGUGACGUCCCCCCACGGCCCCGCCAUGACCUGGAGCAUGUUUGCAGUGGGCUGGAUGGAGCUGAAGGACCCGGGGCGGGCAUGGGCCCUCCUGGAGAGGAGCUUCGCCAACGUCACAGAGCCCUUCAAGGUGUGGACGGAGAAUGCCGACGGGUCGGGUGCUGUGAACUUCCUGACGGGCAUGGGGGGCUUCCUGCAGGCGGUGCUCUUCGGGGUCACGGGGUUCAGAAUCACCAGGGCCGGUCUGACUUUCAACCCCAUGUGUCCAGUGGGGAUCUCUGCAGUGUGUGUCUCUGGCAUUUCCUACCAGGGGAGCAGGCUUAACUUCUCCGUCUCUGUGGGCUUCGUGACAGUAGAGGUCACGUCCCAGGCAGGGCCUUGGGCCCCCUCUCUGGAAGCCGAGCUGUGGCCGUCAUGUACUCGCCUCCCCUUGCCUCCAGGACAGAGAGUCUGCUUUCCCUGCUCAGCGGGCCGGAUACAAAGGUCAGGCCUGUAGGCCGCACGCACUGCCCCACGAACUUCCUGGGAGGCUUUCUGAAGACGUUGAAUAGCUGCCCCGAGCCCACAGGCCCUGCUCUGGGACACCCUUGGGCCCUGAAGCUUCAUGAACCCCUCCCCGCAGAUGGCCAGGGGUGCCCCCCCCGACACGCCCCCCCCACGGGUGACCCCGAGUGGCUGUACCUGCCCCUUCUCAAUGCUCUCCUGGACCCCCACCCGCCUCUAUGUGGCAGCCAGGCUCCCUCUGGCCUGAGUUCAAGCCGCUGCCUCUAGCCGAGCCCCCAGUGACCCCCGUGAACAGGCCGCUUCCCUGCUGCUCAGCCCUGUCUGCUCCCAGCCCCCUCGUGCCCUUCCCGAGGGGCCAGUUCUGCGAAGAAGACUGAGGCAGGUGCAGGCCCGUCUGGGGAGGGCCGCGGGGUGCGGGGCGUGGGCAGGACUUAGGACCUAGGCCGCAGCUUCACCACAAAGGACUUUGUGUCACUCGCCUGAGCCCAGGCGCUCCUGGACUGCCUGGGGGCCCAGCACCCUCAGUCCUUGGCUUCUCUUGCCUCUGGGCCACUUCGGUCACAUCUGAUGGUCUCCGUCACGUGCCUUCCUCAAGGAAGGAAGGGGUGUGGGGUGUGGAGCAGGGACCUGCUCUCCCCCCGACCAGCGCGAAGGAUGGGGCCGCGGUGCUGGGCCUGCCUGGCCUGGGCACGCGGACUCGGCCGAGGCUCCACCUGCUGUCUGCUCCGGGCCUGAGCCCCCCAGCUGGCACAGCUGACUUGGGCUCUCGGGUCUUCCAGGGUGGGACGGCGUCUGCUGGGGAAGUAAAGCUCGGUCGGUGCCGGGCAAACUGUGUCUGUGCUGAGGAGCCAACGGGCACCCUCCUGAAAGGGAGGCUCUGGUCAAAA